AUGAUCUGUACGGCGUUUGUUUCUCAGGAGGGCGGCUAUCGAUGCGGCUGCCGAGAUGGCUUUGAGCUGCAGGCAGAUGGCCGAUCCUGCGCUCCCGCCCUGCUCUGCUCUCAGACAUGCGAGAAUAACGGCCGCUGUUUCCGUGGCAAGUGUCUCUGUGCUCCCGGAUUCACGGGCCAGCGCUGUGAAGCCGACAUCGACGAGUGUCUCGCCUCGGUUUCGGUGCAUGGCUGCAAUUAUCAGUGCAAAAAUACAUUUGGCGACUACGAGUGUAUCUGUGCUCAUGGCUAUUCGAGAUUGUCGGACAAGAAGAGCUGUAUGGUGAGCCAAAAUAGGUUAUUUUUACUUUUCCGUUUCUCAAUCAUUCGAGACAUCGGCUUCACGAUGUAG